AUGGGUUUCCCCCCUAAUAUUAUCCUUUGGAUAAAAGCUUGCAUGACUAGUCCCACUUACUCCAUUUGCAUUAAUGGGAGCCUGCAUGGUUAUUUUAGGGGGGAGAGAGGUUUGAGGAAAGGUGACCCUAUGUCCCCUUAUCUCUUUGUUAUUGUUAUGGAAAUUCUCUCUAGAAUUUUGGCUGAGAAGGCUUCUCACCCUGAUUUCAAAUUCCAUUGGAGAUGUGAAGAAACUAAGAUUGUUAAUUUAUGCUUUGCUGAUGAUCUGAUGAUAUUUUGUAAAGGGGAUGUGUCUACUGUUCAGUCCAUUAAAUUGGGAUUAGAAGAGUUUAAGAGUUUGUCUGGGCUGUCUCCUAGCCCUAAUAAGAGUCACAUCUUCUUUUCUGGCUGUGAUGUGCAGUUAAGAAAUGAGAUCCUUGGGGUUUGCAAUUUUAGUGAGGGCAAGUUACCUGUGAGAUACUUGGGGGUUCCUCUAGUUUCCACUAAACUUAAGGCCAUUGACUGUGACCAACUGGUGGAGAGAAUUACAAAAAGGGUUAAGAGCUGGACUAAUAAGUGCCUCACUUAUGCUGGUAGAGCUCAGUUGAUCCAAUCUGUUCUAUUCUCUAUGCAAGUUUACUGGACCUUUUUAUUCAUCCUUCCAAAGAAGGUCAUUAGAUCUAUAGAGGGUUUAUUUAGAGCUUUCUUUUGGUCUGGGUGUGAGCUAAAAAAACAUGGGGCUAAGGUUUCUUGGCAUAGAAUCUGCUCUCCUAAGGAGGAAGGGGGGCUGGGUUUUAAGUCCCUCACUGUGUGGAAUAAGGCUGCCAUUGCUAAACAUGUCUGGUUCCUCUUCUCUAGGGGAGAGCAGUCAAUGUGGUGUAUUUGGGUUAAGUCUUAUAUUCUGAAAGGUAAGAGUUUUUGGAGAGUUAGGGUGCCAAAUGACCCUUCUUGGGUUUGGAGGAAGAUCCUCUCUCUUAGACCUAUCAUCUACCCUCUACUCAAACAUAGGGUGGCAAAUGGAUCUACGGUUUUUUUGUGGUUUGAUAAUUGGCACCCUAUGGGUUCUUUGUGGGACAAAUUUGGUGGUAGAAUUGUGUAUGAUUCUGCUCUUAGUAUAGAUGCUAAGGUUAGUGAGAUUGUGGAGGGAUCUGAUGAUGUUAGUUGGUGUCCUGCUUCCAAUAGCCAAUUCACUAUCCAAUCUACUUGGCACUAUUUGAGAAAACAUUUUGAUCCUGUGAAUUGGUCUACUCUCCUUUGGGGCCCUUAUAAUAACCCGAAGCAUCAUUGUGAGGACCACAAUCACCUUUUCUUUGAGUGUCCAUUCUCGGAAAGGGUGUGGUCUUGCAUUAAAGGUCGAAUAAAUGUGCACUGGCCCUCUAUACCUUGGGAUGAUUUGGUCCAGCUCAUUGCUCAAUCUGUGAAAGGCAAAUCUCUUGGGGCUAUUAUCACUAAGCUUGCUUUUACAUGUACUGUCUACCAGUUGUGGAUUGCAAGGAAUAACAGAGUGUUUAGCAAGGAUAUGGUCCCGGAAGAGGUAGUUAUAAAGGGUAUUGUGGAUAUGGUAAGGUACCUGGAUGGCUGGUACAAGGAGCAUUAUUUUCCGAGUGAUGUGAGUUUAUAUAAUUGUGGGUUGAGUGUAGUGAGCAUAUAUAUGUGUGGGUCUACUACAAUGUCUAGAUACUGUUCGGGUUGCAUGGGAUGGCAGCAAACUGGUUAUGAGGAUGUUGCGGUCUGGAGAUUGGUUGAUUUGGUAAACAGUUCUGAUUCAUUGUCUGGAGCAGGCUGGUUUUGUGCAGAUGCAAGCAAGAGCAUCUUUGGUCUACUAUGA